CUAAUCUGGUUUAAAUAUUAGCUCUCAAGUUUCAACUAUAAUAAAUUAAAUUAGAACUACGGAGAAAUAUUUAACCUAGAUUAAAGAAGAAGAACAUUGAAGAUUUCUGUUAUAUUCAACAAUUUGAUGAUAUUUUUUUUAUAUUUUCAUAUGAACUUAGUAAAUUAAAGAUGAUAUUUAUCUCGUGUGUCAUCAUUUUGCUAUACUUUUUCUUAGUUGUGUUGCAAUAUUUGUGUACUUGUGAAUUUUAGUACUACAUAUGCAAUUUCUUGUAUUUAUAUCAACAUAUAUUACAAGUGAGUUGGCUGUUGUCAAGAUAUCUACUAAUUGCAAGAUUUGUUCAAAAUUUUAGGCAUGUGUUUGACAUUGUAUCGUACCGUUUUGUACCAUUCCGAAACGGCAUGGAACCGAACAGUUUCAUCCUUGAAACCGGACCGUACCGGACCGUUAACAUUACGGGUUUUACUAGUUUACCGGACCGUUCCGGACCGCGCCCACCCCUAAUUUCUUGUUUUCAGAUUUUAUUUUCUAUUCUUUCAUAGUUUCAGUUUUGUGAUUUUUGUCAAGACUUUUGAGCAUAGGACAGAUGAUGAAGAACCUAGUUUGCCCGUCAUUGGCUCAGGUAUGCCCAAUUUGGAAUCAGCGAAUCUGGUUGCUUCUGUGGAGGUGACAGGUUCUAAGUCUGGUUCAAGGGCAGACGGUAGACAUAGGGUUCUUUUUCUGAUUGUAACUUGCUGAUGUUCAUUCUUAUCAAUAUAAGCCACCUUCUUCCAAAAAAAUAGUUUCAGUUUUGUGAUUUUAAUGUUGGGAAGGUACAAAUAUACCUUUGUAGUAUAUUUGUGAAAACAAGUAUACACAUGUUCUAUUUUUUGGCACAAAUGUACCACUGGAGUUUAUGUGGAGGUGCAUAUACAUCCUUGAACUUUUAAAAAAGUGCAAAAAUAUCCUUCUUGUUCCUAUAAAGGAGCAAAUUUACCUUUAUUGACUCAAAAAAUAAAAAUAAAUUUUAAAAAAACACUAAAAAAGUUGUAUAUUCAAAAUUGAAAAAUACAAAUUAAUGAGUUAAAAAUAAAGAUUUUUGUUUUUAUGUUAAUAUAAUAACUCUUUAACUUUAAAUUGCAAAAUUAUUGUUUUUCCAUUAUAAAUGAAGCAUCUCAAAUUCAUAAAUAUUAAUUUUAGGCUUGUUGCGAAAUUUCGAGCACAUUGUUACAUUUUUUGAAAUAACAUUCUUUGGUUUUGUUUAAGCUUAAUAAAAUUAAAUUCACUCUUGAACUAUUUAUUAUCAUACAGAUAUGUAACUUUAUAGUGCAAAGAAUUCAAUAAUUAAUAUUUCUUUUACGUUGCAACACAUAUAUUAAUACUUUUUCAAAAUAAUCUUAAAUAUAUAAUAAAAUAUUGAAAUAAAAUUUAUACUAACAAUAUUAAAUUGUGGUAUAAAAAUAAUAAAAAGGGAGAAUUGGACACAAGUAGUUUUUUUUUCAAUUUGAAAUUCAUAAUUUAUUUUUGAUCUUUUCAGAAAUUUAUUUUAUCUAUUUAAAGUCAAUAAAGAUAAAUUUGCUCCUUUAUAGGAAAUUGAGGGGUAUUUUGCACAUUUUAAAAGUUCAAGGGUAUAUAUGCACUCUAACAUAAAUUUCAGGGGUAUAUUUGUUUUAAAAAUAGAAAUGAGUAUAUUUGUUCCCACACCUAUAUUAGAAGGGUAUAUUUAUACUUUCUCCCUUUUAAUGUUCGCGUAGUUUAUCAUCACCUCUUUUUUGUUUUGCAACUUCGAGAAUAUCCUUAAUUAUGAAGUACUACUUAAUGAACAUAUAUCUAUUAGAACAUCUAUGUGAUGGAUGCUUACGCUCACUCAAUUAAUAAAAUCUGGAUUUUUUGGCAUAAUGACCUCACUGUCACUGUUAUAUCUGAUUUCAACCAGUGUAUUAAUCUCUCGGUUUUCUCUAAUAGCAUGAUCUCCCCUAUUUAUAUCUCUGUUAUCUAUGGUGCUAAUGACAGAGCUACUAGAAGAGCUCUUUGGACUGACCUUACCAAUUUCAGGGAUGGCAUUGAGGAUAAACCUUGGCUUCUAGGGGGGGAUUUCAAUGUAAUAUCCAAUAUGAUGGAAUAUAAAGGCAAGAGUACUCCCUGUAAGUCAGAUAUGGAUGAUUUUAAUGCCUUUAUCUAUGCCAAUGGCUUGACUGAGUUAUAUUUCCCUGGAACCCCGUAUACUUGGAUUGGGAAAAGGAUGCAUGGGCUUGUCCAAAAAAAAUUGGACCGGGUUAUGGUUUCCACUGAGUUGCAACAACUUAACUGGUCCUUAUCCCUUAAAAAGCUUAAUCGUUGCGUUUCUGACCACAAUCCUUUGCACCUCUUUGAAAACAACAAUAAUAUUUCUGGCCCCAAGAACUUUAAGUUUCAGCAUAUGUGGACUCAACACAAAUCUUUUCUUGAAAUUGCAAAGGCUUCCUGGGUUAAUCCCAGUGAUGGGUAUGGCAUGUGGAAGUUUUCUUCAAAACUAAAACGCCUGAAAAGUGAUUUAAAGGAAUGGAACAAAAAUAUUUUGGAAAUAUUUUCAAUAAACUGUCUGAAGCUGAAACUGAUAUAGCUAAUCUUGAAAAACAGCUCUCUGAUUCCCUGUCUGAGAAUGACCACCUUCUCCUUAAAAAGGCCCAGGCUAAUUACAUCCAAUACUCAGCUCAUAUAAACACCUACUAUCGGCAAAAGGCAAAGAUUAAUUGGCUAAAGGAGGGAGAUGCAAAUACAAAAUAUUUUCAUCUCUCCCUUAAGGCCAAACAUAAUAGACUUAAUAUCUCUAGAAUCAAGCUUGAUAAUGGCGUUUGGAUCGACAGUGCUGAUGAUAUUUGCAAUUCUGCUGUUGCCUAUUACUCUGACUUACUUAAUGCAGAUGAUGAAACUGAUUCCCUUGACCAUGCGGAUUACCUCAGGAAUAUUAAACAGAUUAUCUCUCAGGAGGAUAACAUUCACUUAAUGAGGCCUAUUACUAAAGAUGAGCUCAAGGAAGCUGUCUUUAGCCUAGGCAAAAACAGUGCCCCUGGAAUUGACGGCUUCGAUGGUGUUUUCUACCAAUGUGCUUAUGCUAUCAUUGAGGAUGAUCUUCUUAACGCUGUGCGUGAAUUCUUCUGUGGGGUGCCUGUCCCUAAAAGCAUUGGGCAUACCUUGAUUGCCCUUAUCCCUAAAGAGCCUAAUGCGUACAAGUUUUCCAAAUUCAGACCUAUUAGCCUUAGUAAUUUUUCAAAUAAAAUUUUUACUAAAAUUCUCACUAAUAGGAUUACCCACCUGCUGCCCAAAAUCAUCUCUGAUGAGCAAUCUGCCUUUCAACCAGGCAAAGAAAUCUCUGACGGUAUUCUUGUCCUUAGGGAAUUGGUUAAUCACAUUAAUAAAAAGACACGUGGGCAUAACAUUAUCUUUAAAUUCGAUAUGAAUAAAGCUUUUGACCGUAUAUCUUGGCCUUUUAUUAACAGUGUCCUUCUUAGCUUUGGUUUCCACCCUGCCUUUAUUAAGCUUAUUAUGAAUAAUCUGCAUGCUACUUGGUGCUCGAUUUUGAUUAAUGGCACUCCUAAAGGUUUUUUCAAGCCUUCUAGGGGCGUAAAGCAGGGUGAUCCCCUCUCCCCCAUUUUGUUUAUUAUUGUGGCUGAAGUUCUAUCCAGGAAUUUAAAGCUGUUUUACUCUUCUGGGAGAGGUACGCCUUUUAAUACUUACCGGGGUAUGCCUUGCCUUUCACACCUUUCUUUUGCUGAUGACUUGGUGGUCUUUUCUAAUGCUGGCAAAAAUACGAUGGUGGGCCUUCACAACACUAUCACAGAGUUAAUAAUGGGUGCAGCUCAUUUUGGUUCUCUAAUUGGUGUAACCUUGGGCCCCUUUAUCACUACCGGGAUGCUAUCACCCCCACUGAGGCCAAUUUGACCAUAAGGGAUGCCAUGCCGGAUUCUGUUGUGAAACCUGCUGUCCAAAACAAGCUGCCACGCUAUGUCAUUGACACUCUCCACGCUAUGAAUAUUCAGUUUGGUAUCAACAAUGAUAUCAACAUUUGGCAACCGAAUCCUAAUGGCAUGUUCAGUUUUAAUAGCGCCUAUGAUGUCAUUAGACCAAAAAAUAAUUUGAGUCCAAGAGCCAAGUACUUAUGGAACACCCGUAUCCCGAAAAAAUCUCUUUCUUUUUAUGGAGACUCAACAAUGAUCUUUUACCAUUUCCUGUCAAACUAAACCUUUUUGGCAUACAUGGCCCCUUCAAAUGUCCUUUUUGCAAUAACAUGGAUACCAUAGAUCACUUUUUCCUUCAUUGCUGUUUUGCAACAACUAUUUGGCAUCACUUUGAAACCAUUCUAGAUUUCUGCCCUGUUAAGUCUGGUACCUUCAUUAAUUACAUUAAUAAUUGGUACCUUGACUACCAUGGCCCUAUUAUUGACUUCAAUUAUCUUUUACCCAACAUAGUAACUUGGCAUCUUUGGAAGGUCCGUAAUAAGGUCCUUUAUGAUAACAAACUGGGUCAUAUACCUGAGGCUAUAAAUGCUAUUAAAUAUGAUAUCUUUGCCAUUUCGGUUGCCAAACCCCUCACUGCCACCAUUCUCACUGCCCCUUUUAACAUCCAGAUGAUAACUCCCAGAAAGAGCCCUAAGACUGCCACUCUUAGCAGCUGGAUCAAACCGCCGAUCAACACCUAUAAAGUUAACUUGGCUACCAGAAGGCUCACGUCCAACAUCACCCGCUCGGCUGCCAUCAUCCGUAAUCAUGAAGGAAGUUAUAUUGGGCAUGCAACCCAUUUGGCUAGCCACAACCAAACAACCAAUGCCUCCUAUGAUGCCCUUGAUUAUUUCAUCCCUCUCUUAAACAACAUUAUGCCUACUAACGUUAUCUUUGAGGUUGAUGAUAGGAAUGUUUAUGAAGGGGUUGCUGGUGUCUCACUUCAACAUUGGAAAUAUUGGCCAAGGAUCCACAAAAUCCAGAAAAAAGUCAAAACAAACACUUGGUCGGUCACCUACGUUAAUCCAAAAAUUAAUAGAGCAGCGGAAUUCCUUGCUUACCACAACAUGUCCAUCAAAACCAAUGGUCAUCAUUUUAGUCAAUUUGUUGGUAUUCUUAAGUUUGAUGCUGUAAGUUUCCCAUAUGUUGUGUAAUCUCUCAUUGAGUAAGCUUUGGUCUAGCCCUCUUACUUAUGUAUACUUUCCUAUUUUUAAUAAAUUGGUGAGGUGUUUCCUGGCCCUCACCCCAAAAACUCUCGGGUUUUUGGCUUAAACCGGGUUCAAAA